AUGAAAGGACUUUUUUGGCAGAAGAAGGCAGUGACAGUGAUACAGUCUGCUGUCUUUAUGGCUUGCUUCUUCGGUGGAUCCCCGACCGCAUCCGGCGAUGACGCUCCGGAGGCAGUGUUAAAGCUUCCAAAUGGCAAGGAGCAUCGCAUCAAGGUUCUAAAGCCUACGCUGGGCGAAGAGCUGUUCCUGGACAUUCGAGACCUGCACCGGUCAACAGGCUACUUUGUGUACGACCCUGGUUUCACAUGCACGGGGUCGUGCAUGUCGGCCAUAACCUUCAUCGACGGUCCCAAGGGAGUCUGCCUUUACCGCGGCUUUCCAGUGCCGGACCUCGUCGACUCCGCCCAGGCAUUGGAGGUUGCUUACCUCCUCCUCGUCGGCGAGAAGCCCGAUCCAGAGCAGUAUCUGCAGUUUCAGAAAGAGAUCAAACAGCACAUGUUGGUGCAUGAAAAGGUGAAAGCAAUGUUCACAAACUUCACCAUCAAUGCACAUCCAAUGGCCAUCAUGGUAGCUGUCAUUGGCGCGUUAAGCUCUGUCUUCAGCGAGCUCGACCCAUCCAACGAGAUACACCGCUGGUUGGCUUGCACACGCCUCAUUGCCAAGGUGCCUGUUUUGGCGUGCAUGGCCUACAAGACUUCCAUUGGUCAGCCAUUCAUGUACCCGAGGGCCGACUUGUCCUUUGCAGAGAACUUCCUGUACAUGAUGUUUGCCACACCUAUGGAGGAGUACAGUGUGAACCCAGUAUCGGCGAAGGCAAUCAAUGCCUUCAUGAUCCUGCACAUGGACCAUGAACAGAAUGCCUCCACUUCCACGGUACGCAUUGCAGGCAGUUCGCAGGCCAAUCCUUAUGCCUGCAUCGCUGCAGGCGUAGCUUCCCUCUGGGGCCCAGCCCACGGUGGCGCCAACGAGGCAGUCAUCAACAUGCUGGAGCAGAUAGGAAGCAAAGACAAGGUAGCUCAAUUUGUGGCUGAUGUGAAGGCCAAGAAGGAAGGGGUACGGCUGAUGGGUUUCGGCCAUCGAGUCUACAAGAAUUAUGACCCCAGAGCACGUGUAAUGAAGACGUUGGUCGCGGAGGUGCUCAAAGAGCUUGGCGUGGAAGAUCCGCUCCUGGGAAUCGCCCAGGAGUUGGAAAAGGUGGCCCUGAGUGAUAGCUACUUCAUAGAUCGGAAGCUCUACCCGAAUGUGGACUACUACUCAGGGAUUAUGCUGCGAGCAAUUGGCAUCCCGACCAGCAUGUUCACGGUGAUGUUUGCCAUGUCCAGGACGGUCGGAUGGGUUUCGCAGUGGAACGAGAUGGUUUCGGAGAAGCAGAUGCGCAUUGGCCGUCCAAGGCAGCUCUACGUGGGGCCGGGUGAGCGGAAAGAGCCUUGGAAGGCGGCGCAGGAUCUCGACUCCUCCACGGCAAAGGAAGUGGUCAUCGACAACUCCUCGCAAGGUCCCAUCCGCUUCAAGCCUCG